AUGUCAUCGGCAAAUAAUGAUAUUGGUAUUAAUGAUGAUAAUAAUGAAAAUAUCAUAGAUAAGAUUCGUUGGUUCUAUAAUAACCUAGAGGGCCUUUUGAAACAAAAUAACCAUGCGUUAAAUAGUGGCGUUCAGAAGUUUGUCGAAAUAUAUAAACAGCAUCGGUCUGCACAAAAUACUUAUGGAGGAAAGAGAAUACGAGUUCAAGUCACUGCCACUUCACGGCGUAGAGUUAGUUUAAGUCAUGAGCUUAGAAAAGUUCAUCAAGGAAGUCCAAGAAAAAACACUCAAACUAACGAUACUGAAACAACCCAGAAGCUAAAUCGUUCAAUUAUGCCAGCUCAGAAAAGACACCCAAAAAAACGCUCAUAUAACUUGAAUUGGGCUUUAAAAGAAAACAGACCUAAUGCUGUAAAGUAG